AUGAUUGGAAUACUGCUCUUUUCUACGAUAGUGUGUCUAGUGGCAUGGGCUUGCAUGAAAUGGAGCGCUGUCAAAAGUUAUUGGGCCAAACGUGGUGUUCCUUAUCUUCCACCACACCCAAUUAUGGGGAACUUAACCUUCUUGUUGAAGAAGAAUCCCGGAACAUGGAUGAUUGAACUGUACCAACGCUUCCCCAAAGCACCAGUAGUUGGGAUAUGGUUAUUCUGGAGACCAGCACUCGUCAUCAACACACCCGAACUAGCAAAGAGAAUCCUUGUGAAGGACAACUCCAUAUUCAGAGAUCGACUUCUAAGCGGGGGAAAACAUGAUUCUAUUGGUUCACUGAAUAUUUUGACUGCCAAUGACCCCUUAUGGAGCACAGUGCGUCGUCGUAUAUCAUCCAUCUUCACGGGUUCCAAGCUGCGAGCUUUACAGCCUUUGGUCGACACAAAGACAAGCGAACUAAUAACACGCAUCAAUAAUACGAAGGAUUACAGUAAACUAAACCUUCGAAACUUAUUCGCUGACUACUCGACUGACGUGUUCGGAACUGCCGCAUUUGGAGUGGAAACAUUUGCAGUGCGUACAGGAGAGGAUCCUAUGAGAACUAUCACUGAAGCAUACAUGACAUUCGACUGGUUCAGAGGCUUGAGUUGGGGUAGCAUCUUCUUCUUGCCAGAAGUUACACCCUAUUUUAACUUUAGGCUGUUCCCAAAAUGGUCUACGGAUUACUUCAGAAAAGUGUUCAACUUUGUAGCUGAGCAAAGAAAAGACAGGGUUAUCAAGGACCCUAAAGACCUGAUGGAUGCACUGAUAAAGUUGAAACGCGAUGGUCCGGUAAUAGAUGGAGUAGAAAUAAACGACGAUGUGAUAGUAUCCAACGCUGCAACCAUGCUUCUGGGCGGCUUCGAGACAUCGGGCUCUGCCCUUACGUUCACGUUUUACCAACUGGCUUAUAAUCCCGAUAUCCAGGAGAAACUAUACAAAGAAGUAUCAGAACUUAAAGCGGCGGAGGGUAAAUUGGAAAUUGCGAAACUCAUGGAGCUGAAUUACUUAAAUGCUGUUAUAAAAGAAAUAUUGAGGCUCUAUGCGCCGAUGGGCUGGCUGGAUAGAAUAGCAUCUCAGGACUACGCGAUAGAUGACAAACUCACCAUUAAGAAGGGUACUCCUGUUUACGUGAACGCUAUUGGAAUGCACUACGAUCCAGAGUACUUCCCAGACCCACUGAAAUUCGACCCAGAACGUUUCAUGCCUGAUAAUGAGCAGAACAUCAAACCGUUUACCUAUAUGCCGUUUGGAGAGGGACCAAGGAUCUGUAUUGGUAUGAGAUUCGGCCUUAUAUCAGUGCGCCAUGGAAUAUCUAACCUGAUCUUGAACUACAAGGUCUCACCCAUUCCGGGUUCACCUAAGCCAUCAGAAUUGGAAUUCGAGAAGAAAGGUCUCUUUUUAGUACCAGGACAACACAUGGCGGUAAACUUUACUCUACGAAAUGAAUAG